AUGUCCUCGUCGUCUUUUUCUUAUCCUCCUCCUCCCAUUCUCCUACUCUUUCUUCAAGCCGUGUCCCUUCAGGACAUUGGUGAUUCGGUGUACUCCACUGUUCAUACUAUACUUUUCGUCGUCGUCGUCGUCUUCUACUUCUUCUUCUCCUUCCCUCCUCCUCCUUCUCCUCUUUCUCCUUCCCUUCCUCCCCCUUUUUCCUUCUUCUUUAUGCCUUGUCUUUUCAGGACAUUGGUGAUUCGGUGUAUGCCACUGUUCAUACUAUACUUCUCGUCGUUGUCGUCGUCGUCUUCUACUUCUUUUUCUCCUUCCCUCCUCCUCCUCCUCUUCUUUCUCCUUCCCUACCUCCCCUUUUUCCUUCUUCUUUAUGCCUUGUCUUUUCAGGACAUUGGUGAUUCGGUGUACGCCAUUGUUCAUACUAUACUUCUCGUCGUCGUCGUCGUCUUCUACUUCUUUUUCUCCUUCCCUCCUCCUCCUCCUUCUCCUCUUUCUCCUUCCCUCCUCCCCCUUUUCCUUCUUCUUUAUGCCUUGUCUUUUCAGGACAUUGGUGAUUCGGUGUACGCCAUUGUUCAUACUAUACUUCUCGUCGUUGUCGUCGUCGUCUUCUACUUCUUUUUCUUCUUCCCUCCUCCUCCUUCUCCUCUUUCUCCUUCCCUUCCUCCCCUUUUUCCUUCUUCUUUAUGCCUUGUCUUUUCAGGACAUUGGUGA